CUGUAUUUAGCUGCGAGUAGAAUUUUAUCAGAGUGCAUUCUUUAUGCUGUCAGUUACAGUGUUUUGACUACUGUUUUUGUUUUCCUUUUAUUUACCAACAGCACUUGCAAAACGCGUGUUUUGUUUUUGCCGGCCGUAACAAAAGUUUGCACGUUUCUUAUUUAUUUACACGGACUUUUAUCGAAUGCUUCUUGUAAAAAUACCACAAAAUGCAAGUUCAAACAGAUGCUACUUGCUUACGGGUGCUUACCAGUGAGAAACUGCUUUUGGCCAUCGGAAAUCAGCUGUUCCUGUUACGCCUGACGUCGGACGGUCGGACCGAGCGCCUGCCGGCGCGUUGCCUGCCGCGCUUGGUCGAUAAAAUCCAUGGCAUCGAUUGGAGAAGGCACGUGUCCGGGUCCGAGGACGCCUGGCUCAUAGUACUUCACGCGGGUCGCGAGGCAUAUUCGGUCGUUCUCGGAGACGAUAACACGUUUUCCGAGCCAUGUCCAAUCCACCUGUUCAACCAUCGGGAGGAUUUGUUGUACUGCCCGAAAGAAAUGGCACUCCUGACACACGCCCGCCGACGCCUAAAUGAUUGGAUCAGCACGAUGAAAUUGCUCGGGAAGGACGAGGCCUGUUUGAUAACGGGGCACGGUGUGGCCGUCCGCUUUCAACAAGAUUACAUGGGCAACUGGUCUGCUUCCGAGACGUGUGCCUGUGAGGACGGAUCGACGCUAUACUGUUCGCAAAUCGUUGGGACGUGCUGGGAGGACGCGUUGUGUUUCAGCGGAACGGCCUUGGGACUGCUGGUCAUUUGGAGGCCAAGUGGGACUGAAAAGGGUCAGAUCCUGUACAGCGCUUCGGCACACAACGGGGUAAUUUUCUCGAUUGAGUGCGAUUUGCAGAGAGGCUUUCUGACGACCACCUCCGAUGAUAGGUCAGUGAAGUUCUGGAAGAUGCUGGAAGGUGAUUCCGGAAUGGAACUGAAAGAGCUGAGCUAUUGCUUCGGUCACACAGCUAGGGUGUUCCAGAGUCGAAUCAUUAGAGCAAAUGACGUCAAUUGGGUCGUGUCCAUAGGGGAAGAUUCGAAUCUGUGCCUGUGGGAUGAAUUAGGAAAUUGCAUCCACAAGCAAAGGAUGGAAGAUGGGGCUACCUUGUGGAACUUGGAUUACGACGAGGCCACGAUGACCGUGUUUGUGUGCGCUAGUAAUGGAAAUGUGUCGAAACUCGGGAUCAGGAGGUUUUUAGAACGGAAUCAAGAUCUUCAGGAGGUCCAAGACGUAACGCCAGAUUUGAUGGAUGAACACCCCGCGAAGGUGAAGUUCUGUCAAGACGAAUCAAUCGUUGCAGUAACGAAUCGAAACCAAAUACUUCUGAUACGAGAUCUAGGAAGUCCGGUAAUGCUUGACCGCCUUGAGUUCAAAUGUAGCAUCCUAGAAGUGUCUAGUAAUCGAGUUUUCGUUGCGGGGAAUCGAUGGCUCAACAUCUACGCCCUAGAGGAAUCCAACGGCUCCCCACCAAAGGCUCAAAAGUUGUCCAAUUUCGGAGAUACGUCUUCUAGCAGUUAUCUGAUCAACCACAUUGAAUUGGACUUCAACCAUCCUGACUUCGUUCAGGAAGAAGACAGCAUACAGUUUAGCAUAGUUCGAUCGUUGCACAUCUGCAACACCAGCACCGAUCUAGUGAUUUGCGACAAUAACGGACGAUGUUUGAUCUACGAUCAAAACGUUGACACGCUCAAGUCCUGCCAUCGUAUCCCCAAGUCCAGCGAACGAUGGCUAACAUGUGCAUUCCACUUAGCCCCGACACACCUUCUUCUAGCGGACCGCAACGGAAACCUGUACCUAUUCGACACCCACCAGGUAGAUCCCAUCUUCAAACUACCAUUCCUACACGGGAAGCUCGGCAUUACGCACAUACGUCUCGAAGAAGAAACCCCGCAGGGAUUCUUCCUUUUAACAACCGGCCACGAUGGCCACAUCAAAUCAAUCUUCCUGGAUCGGACCGAACGCCGCCUGCAGCUGUACGAGGGGCGGAAAACGAUCAUCAGUUGGAUUGAAAGGCUCAUUACUACGACGAAGACGGAGGCGACCCGGGGCCUGCUGGUAGCAGGGUUCAAUGAUUCGCAUUUCACUGUAACGCGGGAGGACCAGCAGGGUGUGCUGCUCGAGGUGGACUGUGGCGGAGGCCAUCGUUAUUGGGACUUCCUGUUUUCCGAUGGCAGCAGUUGCCGCUUCGUGUUCAUCCAGCAUAAACGGCUCAAGCUCGUCACGUUGAACAAUUUCCUUAAAGACGAGGAAUCGACCAGCUUGCUAAAAGUGCCACGGCUUUGCUGGCACACGAAAGCAUGUAAUGUAGUGAAAGUGCUUAGGCAUAGUGGAACGGUGCUCUUCGUUUCCGGCGGAGAGGAUAACGUGCUUCGGAUAAACAGAUUUUGUUCGGAAAUUGGUGCUUUACUGGAACAACCUCGGAAGCACCUGGACUGCCACAUCUCCAGUAUCAAAACCAUCCAGCUUAUCGAUCACCCAUCGGACUCGAACAAAGUGCUGGUUCUUUCCGCAGGAGGUCGUGCUCAGUUAUGCAUCACAUCUCUGGAUCCGGCACAUCCAAACCGAACCAAGCAGGAACUUUCUUACAUGCUCCAUUCCAGCGACAGUGAUCGGUCGCGGUGGCGAACAAACCGAACGGCAUCAUUCGACCCGGAAACCAGAUUUAUGUGUGCGGUUCAGAUUGAGUCGGACCUCUUCAUCGGUUGUUCCGAUGGGUUCCUGAGACAGUUCGCAGUAUCACGAGAACCAAAUAACUGCACAGUCCAGUUGCUCCGGGAAAUACACUAUGGAAGGUGCAUUCUGCACAUGACGAAAUUAACAUUGGAAACUUCAAAAAAUAUUCUUCUGACGAUGGCUACCGAUGGUAACGUUUGUUUCUGGAAUCCUUCUGAUCCGAGCGAGCCUUUCUACAAACUAAAACAUCACGAUAGCGGUAUCAAUGGGUUCGAUCUGAUGCCACUCGCCAACGCCGGAGGACACUUUCUAAUCGGUACCGGUGGAGACGAUCAGAGGGUAAUUGUUACGAGAUUUCAAAUCUCCGCUCUUGGCAACGGUACGAUUUCGUUCUUCCGGCAGUGUACCGUGAUAGGUGCCGAUCUGCACGUAGGACAGGUUACGGGUGUGAAGUUCGCUGGGGAUAGUGCACUGUGGAGUGCUGGAGUGGAUCAACGCGUCAUGCUGACGGAUUUCGCCGGAUGGAAGAAGAUGGUCGUGCAGAAGCAAUUCAAGACGUGCGUUGCAGACGUCAAGGGACUAGAGUUGAUGCCGGAAACGCGCAGUCUGUUCGUGUAUGGAUGUGGGUUCGAGUUUAUUGACCUGAAUGAGUAAGUUUUUGUUUUGUUUUUUAACCUUUAUUGUUUUCAAAAGUUACAAUUUGAAUGGACUUAUUUAUGUUAUACUGUAUAUUCAAUUCAUGUUUAUAGCGCAUUUUAUUGAAAUAGAACAUUGAACCUA